AUGCCAAACAUCUAUAGAACUACUGAUGAAAUUGUCGCUCAACGAUUGGAGGAUGGAAAAGAUAUGCAUCUCAAUCUUCAUCAUAUGAAUCUGUUUGCUACUGGAGCAUUUUCCAAUGUCUACCGUGGAGUUGCUCAAACAGAAUCCAAUCAGGAAAUCGAUAUUGUGAUCAAAAAGACCUGGCCGCGUCACAAAGGAUGUCCAAUGGAAGUGAAGAUUCUUGGACAGUUGGGAAAGUUGAAGCAUCGGAAUAUUGUUCGUUUGUUGUACAGCUAUCAGAAACAACAUGAAGGUCGUAUUUGUCUUGCUCUGAUUUUCGAGUACAUUCCAUUGAAUCUUUAUCAGUUUCUAAAAGACAAAAACCGCCGGAUUGACAUUGUAGAAGUGAAGCUUAUUGUCUGGCAAUUGUUUCGAGGACAAGCACAUUUGGAGAAGGCUGACAUUUGUCACAGAGACAUCAAGCCUCAAAAUCUACUCUACAACGCCGAAACAGGUCUGCUGAAAAUAUCUGAUUUUGGCUCAUCGUCCAUCCAAUCUACAAAAUCACCACAGCAAAGUUAUCAUGUCACGAGAUACUACAGACCACCAGAAUUGAUUUUAGGCUCCAAGUACUAUGGAUGCAAAAUUGACACGUGGUCUUGCGGAUGUGUAUUUGGAGAGCUACUGAAAGGCGGAAUCAUCUUGGCUGGAAAAUCAUCGAACAAUCAAGCGGAGGUCAUUUUCGAUAUGCUCGGAUACCCAACAGAUUCUGAUGUGUCAUCAAUGAAAGUGAGCAGCACGAAGUUGCAGGAAGUUUUGGAUUCAUAUGAAUAUAAUAAAUCGAAGACAACUGCCGACUUGACUUAUCUCUACACACAGACAGUCAUUUAUCAGAAGGAUCGGAGAACUACAGUCUAUAAUACGAAAAUUGAGCAAGAUGACAUGAAAGAGUCAGUAGCAGUUCUUCUUCAAAUCCUUGUCUACAAUCCGAACAAGCGUCUCUCUGGAAUUGAGAUUCUCACUCAUCCGUACUUUAAUGUGUUAUUCAACGAGAAAACGGUGAGAUUCAAUAAAAAGAAGAUUUUGUGUCUUUCUGCAGUCGACUUACAAUCCGUGAAAUCUGGAGAUACAACUUUGACGAAUGAAUCGGUUGAGCAGACGAGUUGAAUUCGAGAAAAGAGCACUGAUAUUUAGAUUAUCAAUUUUGUAAUAUAUGAACAGUUCUGAAUGGGGU